ACACAAAAGUAGGAUAAAGUUCAUGGGAUAUCAUAGAGCCGCCUGGACGGUGCUCCUUUCUAUUUUCGGCAAGUGAAUCGCCGAGCCAUACGCAUCCCGCCUCCUCAUCAUGAAUUAAAGCGAAACCAGAGCCUCCUCAUCCCAUCCCAACCCCCCGCGCGGCCUGUCUUUUAACCCUACCAAUGGAGAAGGAGCUCGUGGAGAGGCUGGAGGCCGCGGUGGCGCGCCUGGAGGUACACGCCGCCGCCGGAUCCCGCUCCUCCGUCCCGUCGAUCGAUCUCGACGGCGCGGCGUUCCUCGAUCCGGCGAUCUCGGCGUUCGACGACCUGAUGUCCGGAUCCCUGGCCCGUGUCUCCGCCGCCGCGGGGAAGAUCGGCGGGAAGGUCCUUGAAGCGACGAAGAUAGUGGAGGAGGCGUUCGCGGUUCAGAAGGACCUCCUCGUCAAGGCCAAGCAAUGCGAGAAACCGGACAUUAUGGGCUUACAAGAGUUUCUGAAACCGCUGAAUGAACUGAUCCUCAAAGCAAGUGCUUUGACUGAAGGAAGGCGAUCUGAUUAUUUUGACCAUUUGAAGGCAGCUGCUGACAGUCUUACUGCUCUGGCAUGGAUUGCUUACUUAGGAAAAGAUUGCGGCACGAGUCUUCCAAUUGCAUAUGUUGAAGAAAGCUGGCAGAUGACCGAAUUCUACAACAACAAGGUCCUUGUGGAGUACAGAAAUAAAGACCCAGACCAUGUAGAAUGGGCAAAAGCGCUGAAGGAGCUUUAUCUGCCUGGAUUACGGGACUAUGUUAAGGUUUUUUAUCCUUUGGGCCCUGUUUGGGGUCCUGCAGGAAGUGCUGCACCUUCAUCUGCUCCUUCCACUUCAAAAGCUCCCCUGGCAAAGGCCCCUGCCCCUCCACCUCCUCCCUCAACAUCUCUUUUCAGUUCCGAGAAUGAACCAUUGCAACCUAAACAAGGGAUGUCAGCUGUUUUUCAGGAGAUCAAGUCUGGCAAGACUAUGACUGCAGGUUUGAGGAAGGUUACUGAUGACAUGAAGACCAAGAAUCGAACUGAUAGAACUGUUGAUGUCGGUACAACUGAAAAAGAUUCUCGUGCCAGUUCCUUUUCCUUUUCUAAAACAGGACCCCCAAAAUUGGAGCUUCAAAUGGGUCGCAAAUGGGCAAUUGAAAAUCAGAUUGGAAGGAAGGACUUGGUAAUUGUUGACUGUGAUUCAAAGCAGUCUGUGUAUUUAUUUGGGUGCAAGGAUUCUGUUUUACAAGUCAAAGGAAAAAUGAACAAUAUAACUGUUGAUAAGUGCACUAAAAUGGGAAUUGUGUUUACGGAUGUGGUAGCAGCUUGUGAGAUUGUGAACUGCAAUGGUGUUGAGGUGCAAUGUCAGGGUUCAGCAUCAACAAUAUCAAUAGACAACACAUCAGGCUGCCAGUUGUACCUAAGCAAAGAUUCAUUGGAGGCUUCUAUAACAACAGCUAAAUCAAGUGAAAUUAAUGUAAUGAUUCCUGGUGCAGGCCCUGAUGAUGACUGGGGUUUGGGUUGUAUUUUUCGUGCGAAAGAAGGAUUAUCUUCUUUUGCGGCAUCAUCCAUUGGAUCGCACCCCACACAGAUCUCAAAGGAUUCCGAGCACCCUCAUUCAUCAGGAUGCAUGGAUCUCGAACUGAUGAUUGCGCAAUCCAUCGGCGGAUUUGCACGAAGGAAGGCGGAGCAUGCAUUGCCACAGCAGUAUGUCCACGCUUUCAAGGAUGGCCAGUUCACUACAUCUCCGGUCUCUCACUCUGCUGGGUAACUGUGCUUAUUACCAACAUUACCCCUUUAUAUAUGUCUCAUAGCAUUAUUACAUGGAGGAGAGAAAUAAGACCAAGAGUCUUCUUAAUGGGUUUUGCAAGUCUGCAUUUCAGUUAAUUCUGCAGCUAAGCAGCCCUUUUUUUAUUCCCUCUUCUUUUCUGUGGAUCUGUUAUUUUUGCCGUUUUGUGAUUUAUUUGGUUUGAAGAGAUGCAGAGCUUCUCUUUUGUUGGUGUUCAGCUAUUAAUUUGAUCAAUGAGUUUUCUUCGUGGAUUUUUAAUCUACAUUUUUGCAAUGGAUUUUGCAUAUUAUUAUCCCUGCUGUACUGCACAACAUUCUCUCAUGCAAAGCUCCUGCUUAUCUAUGUUUAUACUGUUAUAUAAUGAAAGCUCCCCAGUUCUAUA